GUGUGUGUGUGUGUGUGUGCUAGGUGAAGAAGAUGAGAAUAGAGAGAGGACCUGUCUGGGUGUGGGGCUCCCUUUCUUUUUGUUCCCUUUCCUCUCUUUUUUUCUUCUCUUUUUUAACUUUGCUUUUCCCUUUAGCUCGCUACAACUUGCUCUCCAACAAUCUUUUAAUCGACUCCGUCAUCCAUGGCUCCAGUUACCGUUUCUUCCUCUGGUAUCGGCGUCGCGCAUUUGCCGAACCAGAGGCAUAAAAUUGUCACGAACCGCGGUUGCAACUUUACAGUGAUGGUGUGUGGUGAAUCUGGUGUUGGUAAAACCACCUUUGUCAACACACUUUUCACCACGUCCAUCAAGGAGUACAAGAAUCCCGCCAAACGUCAUGAGAAGCAACUCGACAGAACUGUCGAGAUUGAAAUCACCAAAGCUGAGCUCGAGGAACAAAUGUUCAAUGUGAAGCUGAGCGUCAUUGACACACCUGGCUUUGGUGACUAUGUCAACAAUUACGACAGCUGGUUGCCGGUGAUUGAGUUUAUCGACGAUCAACACGAGAAUUACAUGCGCCAGGAACAACAGCCUAGUCGUCGAGGCAUGACUGAUAUGCGUGUUCAUGUAUGUCUGUACUUUAUCCGACCCAAUGGCCAUGGUUUGAAGCCUUUGGAUAUUGAAAUCAUGAAACGCCUCGGCUCACGUGUCAAUUUGAUUCCUGUCAUUGCCAAGGCAGAUACGCUGACACCCAAGGAUCUGGCUCAAUUCAAGCAACGAAUUCUCGAAGUGAUUGAAGCCCAAAACAUCCGCGUCUACUCGUGCCCCAUUGAGAGCGACGACGAGGAUGUGACGAAGCGCAACAUGGACAUCAUGUCAGCCAUGCCGUUCUCCAUCAUUGGCUCGACCCAGACCGUCCGCACGCCCGAUAACCGCCAAGUACUCGGUCGCCAAUACUCUUGGGGAUGUGCCCAAGUCGAAAAUGAGCAGCACUGUGAUUUCAAAAAGCUGCGCAACCUGCUUGUUCGUUCCCACAUGCUGGAUCUGAUUUCGUCCACGGAAGAGAUCCACUAUGAGAACUAUCGUCAACAGCAGAUGGCCACACGCAAGUUUGGCGAGCCAAAGAUCAAAAAGUAUGAGAACCCCAAGCAUCGAGAAAAGGAAGAUUCGUUGCGCAAGGUGUUUACCGAGCAAGUCAAGUCAGAGGAGAAUCGCUUCCGCCAGUGGGAACAGCAGCUUAUCCAAGAGCGUGAUCGUCUGAAUAAGGAUUUGGAAUCCCAGCACGCACAGAUCAAGGCACUUGAAAGUGAUCUUGAGCAAUUGUACCAUCAGCAAGGCCGUGGUACGCUGAGAAGGUAGGACGACGGACGAACGAACGAACGAACGAAGAACAAACAAAAGCAGCAAACUGUCUACCCCUCUCACUUAAUAUCACCCCCACCAUGCCAUGCCUCACAUUAUCCAUAACGACCUCUUUAUCUCUCUUUUGUUCUAAUCAUGCAUGUCGUUGCGUGCAGGAAUCAUCAUAGUAGCUGGUGUACAUACCUCAUCAAGAGAAACACACUUCUUCACAACGCCUCCAAUGUCUCCAGUAAAGUUAUUUUCUUAUUCCACUCUAAAUUUUUUCCUCUUUGUCACUCUACACUUUCCAGAUCACAUAAAGGGAAUCUUACAACAAUAACCCCCGGGGCCGCCAACUAACGAUUAAUCUAUAACUACUAUAAUU